AUGUCUUCCACCCUCUGCAAAGGCUCCGUGGACCCAGGUCCCGAUUUUUCGGCCUUCCAGCGCCUUGUCAAGUCACUAUUCCCUGGAGCACAAAUCGAAAGCAUAAGAAUGACAGAAGGCUCUACAUAUCCCAUCCAUUUUCUUCAAAUAUCAAACGGCCUUGAACUUGUCCUGAAGACCCGCCCCUUGUCAUCUCCAUCAAUCCUCCGCCACGAACGAUUCCUCCUCGAAACCGAAGCAGAGGUUCUCUCUCUAUUGUGGCAGAGCAGGGUAGAGGGUAUUCCGCAGCCCCUGAAAACCGAUCUUUCCGGUUUCCCUCCGCGAACAGGAUACCUUCUAAGACGCUCAGUUAAAGGAAAGCCGCUAUCUAAGAUUGACUCUCCUUUGACAUCGGAUGAGCGAAAGUGCCUCGAUCGGCAACUAGGAGCUGUUGUUAAAUCCAUUGGACGGCAUACUUCUUCUCAAUUUGGACUCGUGCACAGCGUCGCCUUAGGAAUUGGGACCCGGACCUGGAGACAAGCGUUUUUAUCUUUACUCGACUCUCUCAUGUGGGAUGCGGAGAAUGUGUUUAUAUCUCUACCUUACCCCGAAAUCCGGCAGCAUGCAGGUCGACUGUCCAAAGCCCUUGACGAUGUCACGGUGCCACAGUUAGUGGUGUUGGAUAUCGGAAAGCCGUCCCAUAUCAUUCUCGACCCGGAAACAAAGCAGCUGGCCGGUGUUGUGGACUUUGACAGCGCACUGUGGGGCGACCCAUUGAUGGCCGACGUAUUUGACUCUCCUUCUCCGGAAUUUCUUGACGGCUUUGGAUCCGAUUUGAUAGAGACGAAGUCUGCUCCAAUUCGAUUAUUACUGUAA